AUGGUCGAUGCGAUGUCUUCCGGCGUCGACGCGGUGGUGAAUUACUACGUGCCCAACAGCGAUGGGUCUCCGCCAGCCACCAACGACAUGGCAGUGAUGCUGGGCCAGAAGGAUAUGAUCUCUCACAAAAUGCGGAUCCGGGAUCUGCGGCCUUGCAAGGAGCACUAUUCGCUGGAUCGGAAUGGAUUCCAGUUCGCGACCCUCCACUCAACGCUCACGGAUGCCACCGAGGAAGGCCAGGUCAAAGAGGUCUACUAUCCAGAGAUUGAGAAGCUGGUCCAAAACGUCAGCACCGGGGCCAAGCGUGUGCUCGUCUUCAACCAUGUUGUUCGCACCAAGACCGGCAAUGACUACGGCGAGCAGAUCAAAGACCGCUACCAGGGCGUCGAGGGGCCCGCAUAUCGCGUGCAUGUGGACCAAACACCCCAAGGCGCUCUCAGCAUCGUGCAGUUCAUGUUUCCCGAUCUCGCCGACGAGGUUCGCAACGGCAGUUUCCAGGUGAUCAACGUCUGGCGCCCGUUGACUCCGGUGCAGCGAGACCCCCUGAUGGUGGCGGAUACGGCCGAGAUGCCGGUCGAUGACCUGCUUCUGAUCAACCGCAAGUAUUACAACGGACUGCAUUCCUCCAAUUUUGUUGUCAAGUAUGGGGGCCGACCGGCGACCGGGGCGGCGGAGGGCCCGACUGAUGGGUUGAGCGGUGAUGGGAGGCAUAGUUGGUGGUAUAUCGCGCAUCAAGACCCAACCGAAGCCUUGGUUUUCUCCUCUUCAGGCUUUCGGGAUGGAAAGGCAAUCAUCGGCACGCCGCAUGGUGCGUUCUGUUUACCGGAUCAGGACCAGUACCCAGCUCGUCAGAGCAUUGAGUGUCGGUGUGUUGCUCUCUAUUGA